AUGGGUUUCUAUGGAGAUGUGGAGAAGACCUUCAGCCAACAGUACUGGCUUUUCUCAGAAGGGAAAGAUCCACCACUUCUUAAGCUUUAUCAGGAAAGAAUCAGACUUAUAAGCCACUGGUUUGACUUGUGGACAGACAAACAACGCAAGCAAUUUCUCCUCUUGAUAUUGAACAAGUGCAGUAAAUCACAGCUGAAGUGUGCUGGAAAAUGGCUUGUAGAAAAUAUCCCACUGAGCCAUGUAGAUUUCACCACUCUGCUGCCACGUUUCAUAUCUUUAUAUAUAUUCUCCUUUCUCAGUCCAAGGGAUCUUUGUGCUGCAGCCCAAAUCAAUUGGCACUGGAAAUUUUUAACUGAACAGGACUGUCUGUGGAUGCCAAAAUGCCUUAAGUUAGGAUGGUUUCUUCCGUAUGUUCCUGAAAAGAAUGAAUAUGGCGCUUGGAAGCGUUAUUACAUUGCCUGUGCAACCAACCUGGAUUAUCUAACUCCUAGGAGAACUGCAUACCACAGGACUACCAGUGAUCUCAAAACAAAAAUUGAAGAGCAAGAAGAAAGAGGGCAAGCAAACUAUCUUCGGAAAUUUAUUCGAGGGAGACUGGCAGUACACAAAA